GUUGUUGUGACAUUUUGAUGUUGGUUACAUAAAAAUCAGUUGUAAAAUAUUCGUCAUCCCUACAGCCGAUCACUCCGCAAGUACUGAACGGAGCAGUAUCGACAUAAGGGGAUAACGGCCUUUGCUGCUCUAUGUCCUUCAGCCUAUCUAACAAACUGAGCCGAACAGCUGUUUACAUUUUCAUGCGAGUUCAGCGCAGUUUGAAUUUGUAAAUAUAUACUGAUCGGUGUGAUUAUCAAAGGGCUGAUUGAUAAUUUGAUUGCGAAAAACUGCUUUAUUAACAUAAAAAGUGAGAAACAUAAUUCAAGAAAAAAGAUUAAAAUGGAUAACAAAGUUCUUAGAAAGAUGGUUUCUGAAGCCAAAAUAAUAAUCCUAGAUAUAGAAGGCACUAUAGCAUCGAUUGACUUCUUACGAAAUGAAGCUUUUCCUCUUGUUGAGAACCAAAUAGAAGACUAUAUUCUUAUAUACUGGGAAGAAGUUAAGGAUAUUUUAUCACGUCUACGACAACAGUCUGUGCUGGAUUCAAAAGAGAGUUCUAAUGAUUUGGUUCAAUUUCCUUCAUUCCCUACAUCUGAAAAUACAGAAGUAAACACUAACUAUCAGAAAGUUGUUAUUGAUUAUGUGAAACAUCUGAUGAAAAAUAAGCGCGAUGAUCGUGUAUGGAAAGGAAUUCAAGGAUUUGCUUUGCAAAAGGCUUUUCGAAAUGAAGAUAUCUUUGCCCAUUUGUAUUCGGAUGCUAUAAAAGCGUUGGAAACUUGGUCUCGUGAAGGCAAACCAGUGUAUACCUAUUCAACUGGAUCUCGAGACACGCAAAUUGAAUAUUUCAGACAUACAAUCGAAGGUGACAUGUCAGAGUUUAUAAAGGAAUAUUUUGAUGUAUCCAUUGGAUCUAAGCUGGAAUGUCAGGGUUACAGAUUCAUUUGUAGCCUUGCUGAAGUGAAUCCUUGUGAAGCAGUAUUUUUUUCUGAUAGACCAAAAGAAAUUGUUGCGGCUAAAAAUUCUGGUCUAAAAGCGAUUUUGGUCGAUAGAGAAUCAAAGAUCUCACUGAUUAAGGAAGAAGAAGAGUUCGUGGGCUCUGAAGAUGGAAAAAUUACAUCAUUUACAGAAAUUUUAGUUGACAAUUCAAAUGAUUAAGCUUUCGAUGACUAGCAUAAGCUGGCCGAUUUUUUUCCCCUUAUCAUUGAGAAAUACUGUAAUGCAAACAAUUUAAACACUUACUUUUUUCUUGCAUUUAGAAAUCAUAAAGUAUAAAAAUGGUAAUUCAUGAUAUUUAAGAAAAUAUGUUGUCUUUGAUAAUAAAAUCAAGUCAUAUUUUUAUAUAUU